CUACUACUAACUGUAGUCAAGGUGGUUGCCACAGCAGUUGACAUCAGUGCUUUGAUCCCUAAGGAGCUUGUCACCCUCUAGCUGCCUACAGCACUGCAUUACUACUUCUGCAAGGAACGGAAAGGAGGCAGUUGGACACAAGCUCAUGUGUCCCCUGUCCUGAGAACUGGGCGGGGCCAGAAAGGACCAGUAGCUGGGAAGAGAGGCGGGCUUACAGGUGGCCUCUUCCCUCGGCAUCCGAAGCCCCAGCCCACUUGGUUCCUUGUCGUUGGUGGGAGUGGUGGUGGCAGCAACAGCUGUAGCACUUGGGCCAUGGCAGAGGACGGGCCUCAGAAGCAGCAGCUGUCAAUGCCGCUGGUUCUAGACCAGGACCUGACCAAGCAGAUGCGGCUCCGAGUGGAGAGCCUGAAGCAGCGUGGGGAAAAGCGGCAGGAUGGGGAGAAGCUGCUGCGACCAGCUGAGUCUGUCUACCGUCUCGACUUCAUCCAGCAGCAGAAGCUGCAGUUUGAUCGCUGGGAUGUGGUUCUAGACAAGCCGGGCAAGGUCACCAUCACUGGCACCUCGCAGAACUGGACGCCAGACCUCACCAACCUCAUGACGCGCCAGCUGCUGGAUCCUGCCGCCAUCUUCUGGCGCAAGGAAGACUCCGACGCCAUGGAUUGGAAUGAGGCUGAUGCCCUGGAAUUUGGGGAGCGCCUGUCUGACCUGGCCAAAAUCCGCAAGGUCAUGUAUUUCCUUAUCACCUUUGGCGAGGGUGUGGAACCUGCCAACCUCAAGGCCUCUGUGGUGUUUAACCAACUCUGAUGACAGCCCUGGCCGCCCUGCCUCAGGCUCACAACUCUCCCUUGCCUGAACCUCCUUCCUCGUGUAUAUUUUGGGGACAUGCUUCUAGCUGCUCCUUCUGUGCUUGACUUGGCCAGAGGCCCUCUGAGCCCUACCUGAC